AUGGCUGAAGAAGAGCAUUUUGAUGCAUCUGCAUCAGCAUCCGAGCCGGUUGGAUAUCCCGGAGGACCGUAUGAUACGUCUCUGUUAGUUAAAUACGAACAACAUGUUGCAUACCAUAUAUGGUUCGGUGAGGAGAGAGGGUCAAAAAAAGAGUUAAAGGUGGCGGGACAUGGGAUAAAGUUGACUCAGAGGGUUCCACUACAGUUACCCAGAGAGAUGGAGAGAUGUAUAUCUAUGUCUGAUCUAGCUUCACUUCAGAGAACCCGUUUAACAAAGAUAGACACAAACUUAGUUUCCGCUUUUGCAGAGAGGGGAGUCUUCUGGAACCCUCAAGAUAUUAGUGAAGCGCUUGCUGUUGAGUGGGCUGUUGAUUAUUUGGGAGUGUCACAGAGAAUAGCACAACAACAAGUCCGUGAGUGCAGGGGUUCCUACUAUAAGCUGGAGUGGUUAUAUGAUCGGUUCCUAGAGCACAGAGCUGCAUCUCGAUGGGAUUAUGCCACUAGAGCUUAUUUGCUGAUGUUAGUGGGUUCCACUAUUUUUGCGGACAAGACGUUUACGCUUGUCGAGGCACGAUACCUCUCACUGUUUAUAGACUUGAAUGGAUUAUCAGGAUACAGUUGGGCAGCUGCUGCGUUGGUUACUCUUUACCGAUAUCUCGGAGAUGCUUCCAUGUUCAGCUGUAAGCAGCUUGGUGGUUAUCCGACUCUCCUACAGUGCUGGAUUCAUGAGUAUUUUCCUACACUUGAAAAAAGAGGAGAGAACUAG